GAUACAAAUGGCGGGAAACGGGAAGGACUGCCAUCGCGAUAGCCUGUAACAAGCGGGCGGUUGCUUUUGACAUGUCGGCUUGGUGGGUCCUGUAACAGGAAUGCGGAAGCGAAAAAUCCUUUUGUGGUAUCCUACGGGCACAUACCUUAGUUACGCGAUCAUAUCCAGUCUUGUGUUGUUGGCAGCAGCUGUAACUGUGAUCAUUUGGAGCCGUCAAGAUGUGCUUGUGUUUGCACGCCCGUAUGGGUGGAGAGCAAAAACCAGCCCCACGUUUCUGUGUACCAGGAGCUGCAUUGUUUUGUUGUGUUACACCAUACCUAGCGUUCGCGCACAGCAUGAAGGUGACGGCAGUGACAGCUGUCAAAGCUGUCAUUGUUCUGUAGUGGGGCGUUUCGCGCAUAUGUGACAAGAAGCAUUCAUACCUACCAUGGGGAAGUUUUGUCUCGAUUUGUAAAGGCUUGUGUAACC